AUGAAGCAAUCAGCUCUCCACCAGAUCAUGAAUACAACAUCCGCUGCAGCACUUACACUCGCGCUGAUCAGUGGCACAACGAUCGCAGGAGACUCCUACGCGAGUCCAGGAACGAAGCCUGCAAACGGGACGAUGAUCUCCGGCGUCGCGACUCCUGUCUCUUUGACGAGCACACAAAAGAACACGAUCCGCAACGCAUUUAACUGGAGUGAUCGUGAUGCAUCGCUCCUCGACGGCACCAUCUCGCCUACAACGGUGUUUACCGAAGUCAUCGGACUCAAGGAACGCACCAACCGACUCAAUGUGCAGGUCAAGAGCACCACUCAGAUGCUCCAAGAGGUCGCGAGAGAUGCCGCGAUUGCUCGCGCUGACGGACCUCAGAUCCUCGGCGUCGCCCGUGAUGGACAGGUCCAAGACUGGGACACCGUCAUGGCGCAGGUCGAACAACGACGCAUCGACGCACGCUCGCGUCUGGCGCCAUCGCUCAUCGAAGCGUUCGACGAUGUCGAUAUGCACACGAUCCAUCUGCCUGCAGGAGUCAGCGCCGAGACCAUGGCGGAGAUCCUCAUGCAGACUGGAGACUACGAGUUUGUCUCCAUCGAUUGGCUCUGCUACCCAACCGAUACCAUCCCCAACGAUCCACGCAUCAACCUGCAGUGGUACCACCCCUCCACGCGCAUCGACACCUACGGCGCAUGGGACUUCACCACAGGGAGCGGUGAGAUCAUCGCUGUCUGUGACUCUGGUGUAGACAUCGACCACCCAGACCUGCAAGCAGCGCUGGUCCCAGGAUACAACGCGGUCAACAACCUCGCUGAAGUCGACGGCGGGUUCGUCGAUGACAACCUCACAGGACACGGCACUCAGGUCGCUGGUGUCGCCGCGGCGAUCGGGAACAACAACGAAGGCAUCUCCGGCAUCGGAUGGAACUUCGGGAUCAUGCCUUGUAAGGUCUCCAACAUCGCGUCAGGGAAUGCUUUCCUCUCCGACAUCCUUGAAGGCGCUCGUUGGGGUUCCGACAAUGGCGCAUAUGUAUCGAACUGCUCCUACGGAGGUGCGGAAGAUCCCGCGAGUUUCUCCUCAGGUGCACACAUCCGUGUUGAAGGACACCACCUCGUCUUUGCAUCAGGGAACGACGGCGUAGGCAACCAGACCAACGACUGGGACACGGUCACCAUCGUCGGCGCAUCGAACUCCAGCGACAACUACGCCAACUUCUCGAACUUCGGGGUUGGUGUUGACUGUAUUGCGCCAGGCGCAAGCGUCCAAUCCACCACACGAACGGGCGGAUACGCCAACACAACCGGAACAAGCUUUGCCGCUCCGAUCACCGCUGGCGCACUCAUGCUCGUGCACUCCGCGAAUCCUUCCAACGGACCUGCGGAAGUCGAGUCGAUCCUCCUCAACGCGUGUGACGACAAAGAAGGUCCAGGCGAAGACAACUUCACGGGACACGGACGCAUCAAUGUCGGACGAGCUGUUGAAGACGCGAUCUUUGGUCCUUCGCUCAUUAGCCUUCCAUACAUGGAUGAGUUUAACGAUCCAACACUCGCGCUCUGGCGCGACGCGAUGGGAGAUGUCGAGGUCAACGAGGAUGCGAUGAACGAGCCGACCCCGGGCGGAUCACUCAACCUCGGAUCAACAGCAGAAAUCAACACCAUCAUGGUCCGCUGCAGCGAACUCCAGUUCACGACCGGCGAGAUCAACUUCCAGACACAACACAUCGGGACCGAAGCGGGCGAGGACCUGCUCGUUGAAUAUCGCACAGUCCUCAACACAUGGGACACACUCGCGGUUAUCCCAUCAGACGGCAACGAUCAGAGCGAGUUCACCUUCCAUCGCUAUGAGUUCCCGUUCCUCGGAUUCCAUGAUAUGUUCCGUUUGCGUUUCUCCACCACUGGUGACGAGUCCAACGACAACUGGUAUGUCGACGAUGUCAACAUCCAGUACUUCACUGGAAAUACGGUUCCAUGGUUUGUCGAUUUCGAGAACGGCGUAUCGCUCAACUUUGACUGGGAACUCAGCGAAGGGAUCGCAAGUGUUGCCGCGGACAACGAACCGUCCGGAACACAGAGCGUGAACCUCGACAGCGAUGAUUCCAUGACCUCGCAGGGACUGGAUAUGACAAGCGAAGUCCCGCCUGUCUAUGUCCAGUUCUACACACAGCACAAGGGUGUUGAGAACGGCGAGUCACUCCAUGUCGAGUACCUCGACCUGCUCGGGACUUGGCAAGACCUGAUCACCGUCGUUUCUGAUGGCGUAGACCAGACCGAGUUUGAACUUACACAGCUUGAACUGCCGAUCUUCGCGUUCGGCGGGAACCUCAAGCUCCGCUUCACCGCACAAGGCGAUGAAGCGAACGAUGACUGGUUCAUCGACAAUAUCGCGAUCACCACUGAGUUCAUCGACGAGGUCGAUCCGUGUCCAGCGGAUCUUAACGACGACGGCUCACUCAACUUCCUUGAUGUCUCAGAGUUCCUCACGCUCUACGGGCAGCAGGACCCAUCGGUUGACUUCCAAGCCGACGGUACAUUUAACUUCCUCGAUGUCUCCGCGUUCCUUUCCGCAUACGGGAUGGGAUGCCCAUAA